AUGACGCUGGGACCGUAUCUUGAUUAUAACGGUUUGGAUUACGAGUGCAGAAUCUGCGAAAGAUCCUUUAACCAUGAAGCUGCCCUUUACGACCAUUGCAGACACACUAACCGCCAUUCCUGGUGUGAGAGGUGCUUCCGGGUGUUUAUCAAUGGUUCUGCCAAGGAUGCACAUCUUCGAGAAUCUAACGCGCAUCAUAUCUGUACUGCUUGUCGUCGGUCACAGGACUUCGAAAAUGAUGAAGAUCUUAAAGAUCACUUGGUGGAGUCGCAUCAUUAUUGCGCAGAAUGUGCAAUAUACUGCAAUUCCAAGGACCAACUUGAGCUUCAUGAUGUUGAGAAGCACCAUCUUUGCACUAAGUGUGGCAAGUACUUUGCAAACAAGAAUAGUCUACAAUUGCAUCAACAGAAACAUCAGCCUCGAAACAUAGAAUGCUACGGCUGCUAUGACUCUUUCAAGACAUUCUCUGGAAUGUUGAUACAUCUUGAAUCCGGGAAUUGCGCAUCAGAGGCAACUGGAGAGGAAAUUGACGACAUUGCACAUCAAUGUUUUCAGAGUAAACAGUAUAUAGACGACACUCUUGAAAAUGGGGAUUGGACAUACAUAUGUCCCAGUUGUGACAAAGCAUUUUUCAAGCUUUCAGCGCUUUACCAGCAUGUCGAGGAUGUUACUUGCUGUUCCCCAUUGACCAAGGGAAAUGGGUGUCUAGCGAAGCUGGAACGCUUUAUUGCUCGCAGUCUUGAGUAG